CCGGGCCAGGAGAGCGUGCUCACGCUCCACGUCGCGCUGCCCUGCUACGACCAGCUCCUGCAGCACGGCGGCGCCGAGUGCCUCGAGACGACGUACUCGGGCAUGGUGAGCCAGCCCGAGCCGGGCUACUCCGUCGCGCUGAGCGCGAACGCCGACGAGACGUCGUCGCCCGAGGACCUCCUGUCCAAGCUCGUGCUCGUGAAGCGGAACCUGAUGGGCGCGCCGUUCCAGAAGGCCUUCUCGUCGCUCGCCGCGGGCACGGCCAAGGACCUCCCCGUCGCGCGGCUCCCCUGGCGCAAGAACGAGUCCGUCUACAUCGCGAUGCCGAGCAACUGGGACCGCGUGACCAUCGUCUUCUCCGUCGACUUCCCCGAGGAGAGCGACCGGGCCUACUGCCGCAUCUUCCUCCAGCAGCUCCAGGACGUCGGCCGCAAGGUGAACAACGCGCCGCCGGUGGUCUUCAGCGAGGCCAAGGAGCCGCCGCUCGAAAUCCGCGACACGUGCACCGAGAGCCCCCUCAUCGUCGGCUUCGUGUCGUUCACGAUCUUCGACCACCACGUGAAGACGCCCGCGAAGCUCGCCAAGACCAUCGACAACCUCAUCGGCUUCCGCAACUACCUCCACUUCCACAUCAAGGCCGCGAAGACGAACCUCCACAUGCGCAUGCGCCGCAAGGUCAACAGCUGGAUCCAGAUCGUCAACCGCGCGAUCAUGACCGCGGACAAGCCCAAGGACAUGAAGACGUCCUCGGGGAAGACCUUCACGCGCAAGUGA